AGGUUAAAGAUCGUUUUAUCCUUGCUGUAAAAGCUGAUCUCCCUGUAGCUGCCACAGCCUCUACUGGUGGCCACAGCUGAAACCCAACACCAGGCAGGAAUUGCUCAGCAUCAUGUCGGAUGAUUUCCUCUGGUUUGAAGGCAUACCUUUCCCUAAUACUGGUCUACAACCUGAAAUCCUAAGAAAACUUCAUGAUGAGUUCGUGAUAAAGGAUGAAGAUGUAAUAACUGUGACUUACCCCAAAUCAGGAACAAACUGGUUGAUUGAGAUUCUCUGCCUGAUUCACUCCAAGGGGGAUCCCAAGUGGAUCCAAUCUGUGCCCAUCUGGGAGCGCUCGCCCUGGGUAGAGACUAACAUUGGGUAUAAAAUUCUAAGUGAGAAGGAGGGCCCACGUCUCAUCAGCUCCCACCUCCCCAUCCAGUUAUUCCCCAAGUCUGCCUUCAGUUCCAAGGCCAAGAUGAUUUAUCUCCUCAGAAAUCCCAGAGAUGUUCUUGUGUCUGGUUAUUUUUUCUGGAAACAAAUGACGUUUGUUAAGAAACCAAAGUCAUGGGAAGAAUAUUUUGAAUGGUUCUGUCAAGGACACGUGAUAUAUGGGUCAUGGUUUGACCAAAUUCAUGGCUGGAUGUCCGUGAGACAGAAGAAAAACUUCCUGUUACUGACUUAUGAGGAGCUGAAAAAGGACACAAAAAGAACUGUGGAGAAAAUCUGUCAAUUCCUGGGAAAGACACUAGAACCCGAAGAACUGAACUCAGUCCUCAAGAACAGCUCCUUUCAGGCCAUGAGAGAAAACGCGAUGUCCAAUUACUCCCUCCUGAGGGUUCAUUCUGUGGUGGAUGUUCCACAGCUUUUGAGAAAAGGUAAAAGAAAAUGCCUUGGUUUCCAAAUAUACCAGAACACAUGGCACGCAUGUCUGUGGUCACAGCUAGGUGCUAACAGUUGAGAUGAAAGAGGGCUUGAAUUUUGCUAGCGCAGAGAAGG